AAAAAGGGGUCCUUUAAAUUUUAAUUUUUAAUUUUUGGGUUCCCAUUAUUUUUCUUGCCCAUUCAUUCCUUGGUUCAAACCCCUCCGUUGGAACACUGAGAUUGUGUGUGUGUUAUUUUUGCCAAGAAUCUUCACGUUACCGUGUGGUGUUUACGCAGUUUCUUGCGUUACCAACAAUUCCCUUAUUCACAAUUUCACAUCUCUCCCUACCCAGCUUUGUAUUUAUUGCACACCUCGUUUCCCAUCUGGUUCUUACCCUCUGCAGAUCUGUGAAUGUUAAAGAAUCCUUAAAUUUGUGUCUGUUUGUUUUAUAGCCUCAUUGGGUGGUUUCUCUCGGCCAGUUUUUUCCUUCUCCUAAGGGGAGAGAAUGCAGCGUCUCUCCUCUUAGGAUAAUUUAUAGAGAUAGAAGAAGAUUUUCUUUAUGUAGUCCAAAUUGGGUGGUGGGUGUUUGUUUUGCUUUGAGAAUCUGGGCUCUGGGAUUUCUGCUGUAGUCAUUGGGGUUUGGUUCUGGGAAAGGGGAAAAGAAAGUUCUUUUGAGCAAUGGGUUGCUUUUAUUGUAUUAGGCCUUCUAGUAAGGAUGUAAGGGAUUAUGAUGAAGAUAUGGCUCGUGGAUCCGCCAAUACUUCAGGAAGGAAAGGAGGUUCUUUGAGAGGGAAAACUGUGGAGGGCAGUGCCCACAAGGGCAAUGUCGCCCGUAGUUUCACAUUCAAGGAACUUGCAACCGCAACGCAAAACUUUAGGCAAUCGAACUUGCUUGGAGAAGGUGGAUUUGGGAGUGUGUUCAAAGGGCGUCUGGACUCUGAUCUGAUUGUUGCCGUGAAAAGACUUAAUCUUGAUGGCCUACAAGGUAACCAGGAGUUUAUUGUCGAGGUCCUGAUGUUAAGUUUACUUCAUCACCAGAAUCUCGUCAAUUUGAUUGGGUAUUGCACUGAUGGAGAUCAGAGACUAUUGGUCUACGAAUUUAUGUCUAUGGGUAGCUUGGAGAAUCACCUUUACGAUUUGGAGCCUGGAAUUAAGCCACUAAGUUGGUGUACAAGACUAAAGAUUGCUGCGGGUGCGGCUCAGGGCCUCGAGUAUCUUCAUUGCAAAGCAAAUCCACCGGUCAUUUAUCGCGACUUGAAAUCUUCAAAUAUAUUGUUGGACGACAAUUUCAAGCCAAAGUUAUCGGAUUUUGGACUUGCGAAAUUGGGGCCUGUUGGUGACAACACACAUGUUUCAACACGAGUGAUGGGAACCUAUGGGUACUGCGCCCCGGAGUAUGCGAUGAGUGGUAAACUUACUUUAAAAUCUGACAUUUACAGCUUUGGUGUGGUCAUGUUAGAGCUGAUAACCGGGCGCAAGGCUUACGAUAACGCUAGGAAACAAGGCGAGCAGAACUUGGUUGUCUGGUCUCAACCAUUCCUAAGGGAUCGGAGAAAGUUUGUUCAGAUGGUCGACCCUCUGUUGGAAGGGCAAUAUUCGGUCCGUUGUCUGCAGCACGCUGUUGCGAUCACUGCAAUGUGCCUUCAGGAACAAGCAAACUUCCGGCCACUUAUCAGCGACAUUGUCGUGGCGCUCGAGUACCUUGUCUCUCAGGCCGAAUGUUCAGAUUCUCAAAAACCCGGAGUUCAUGGCAAGACGCACUUGGUUCCACCUCUAGAUCCCAACGACGAUCAUAAAAGAUAAGGUCCAGUAAACGACUCCGUUCCAUUUUAAAAAGCCCGGUUGCAGCUUUGUUGUUAAGGUUAGGUGUACAGGUGUCUGCCAAAAACCAAUGUUUGCCUCUAGAGGCACAGAAAGAAAGACACUGGGGAACUUAUUUUUUUGUUUUAGUACAAGGUAAGAAGAAGACAUCUUGCUGCUACAUUUUUGUGCAUGCACAGUUUUGCCACAAAUUUAGAAGCAAAGAUGUUAAGAAUUGUUCUUAUGUUGUUUUCUUAGGUUCCAAAUGUUUUAGUGUAAAACAUGUCCAGCCAUGACACUGUAAAUAGUUGUUGAUGACAGAUCAACCAACAUUCAUACAUAGUCCAAUGUUUUUUAAUUAUACUUUCUGAGUUUUCUUGUGAGUAA